ACAACAACAAGAGGAAGAAGAACAGCAAGAGCAACAAGAACUCACUGCGUGGUCAGUUGUUUCAUUUGGAAGAUGAGGCACAACUCGAACGUCCCAGCAUUCCUCGCCAAGCUGUGGACGCUGGUCGAGGAUGCAGACACCGAUGAAUUAAUCUGCUGGAGUCAGGAGGGCAACAGCUUCCGAGUGUUGGAAGAGCAGCGCUUUGCUAAGGAGAUUCUCCCCAAGUUCUUCAAGCACAACAACAUGGCCAGUUUCAUCAGGCAGCUCAACAUGUAUGGAUUCCGUAAGGUUAUACAGAUUGACACAGGCAUUGUAAAACAGGAGAGAGACGGUCCAGUGGCAUUUCAGCACCCGUACUUCAAACAUGGACAGGACGACCUGCUGGAGAAAAUCAAGAGGAAGGUUUCUAAUGCUCGGCCGGAGGACAAUAAGAUACGACAGGAAGACCUGACAAAAGUCUUGGCCAGUGUUCACAGUGUUCACAGCAAACAAGAGAACCUUGAUGCCAGGCUGUCAACACUCAAGAGGGAGAAUGAAGCUCUCUGGAGGGAGAUCUCAGAUCUGAGACAGAAACAUGCCCACCAACAACAGCUCAUUAAAAAGCUGAUACAUUUCAUCGUCACAUUAGUACAAAACAACCACAUCCUGAAUUUAAAGCGUAAGAGGCCAAUUCUUAUUAACAACAAUGGAAAGAAGCCCAAAUAUAUUCAUCAGAUCUAUGAUGACAAAGUGUGUGUGGAACAGCCAUCUGUCAACAGUCUGAAUGGUGUGAAGGGCUCUGAGAUAUUGGAUGAUGUUAUCAUCUGUGACUUGACUGAGAAUGAUGCAGAGGUUAUGGCGGAGAUCACAGAGGGGUCACAUACAGACUAUGAAGAAGGUGAUGUAGAAAUCGUGGAAGUACAGCUGAACAGCUGUGCAGUCUUGCCAGCGGAGACGGAGGUCAGCACCAGCUGCACAGAUAACAAACAGACAGAGGCUGGUGUGCCAGCAUCAUCAGAGGAUGCCCAGAGGAGCAGCAUUUUAGACAGCAGUUGCCCGACCAGCAGUGCCCUGCAGCUCAAUAAAGCCUCAGGCCUCAGUCUGGAGGACCCCUUCAAGAUGAUGGACUCCAUAUUGAACGAAAACGGAGCUAUAUCACAGAACAUCAACCUGCUUGGCAAGGUGGAGCUGAUGGACUAUCUGGACAGUAUUGACUGCAGUCUGGAGGAUUUCCAGUCCAUGCUAUAUGGAAAGCAAUUUGGAAUUGAUUUUGAUGCCAUAGAGGAGAGUGUGCCCUCCAAAGAGAACACUGCACAGCUGAACAGAGACAGGACAGAAGAAGAAAACAUUGAUAAGCAGUUAAUCCAGUACACCUCCUGCCCCCUGCUGGCCAUCCUAGAUGGCUGUACCCCUUCUCCAGAGUUGGACCCAGGCACCAGUGCCAGCAGCAGCAGCUCCUCUGAUUUCGCCAUCAUCCAGCUUCAGCCCUCCUCCAGCUCAAGUGCUUCUGUGGAGACUGAUUCCCCCUCAGAGCUGCUGGACACCAGCCUGGAGUCAAAACAUCCAGUCCGCAACUCUUUUGUCCGCCUGGAGCCUCUGACAGAAGCGGAGGCCAGCGAGGACACACUCUUUUACUUGUGUGAACUGAGUCCUGUUGGAUUGGAGGUCGACUCCACCCAGCUUGAAAGAGUGUGAGCAGACACUGAUGCUAGUCACACUGAUAUUGGUUCACUGACUGUGCCCCUUCCAUCUUCCAGAUAAUGCUGACAUUGUGUGAUAAUCUUCCUCACCUCUCUGGCAUGUGUGUUUUGGUUGAGAACCAGCAACCAAAGGGAAGGCAGCACUAGGCUAGUGUAAGAACUACUGCAGUUUGUACCAUGUUCCACAUUUUUCCAUGCAAGACUAGAGUUCAAGAGAAAUCUAUACUUUUACAGAUAUGAUUUUAUCACUCGAUCAAAACAGAAAACAUGUAUGAAGGACAAAUAUGUAUUAAUUUCUUAAAAGACAUCGAGAUAAAAGGUCUCCUAUAUCCUUAGGUAAACAUUUUGACUUAUGUGUCAGCAAUAUUCCAGCUAAUUGUUGUCUGCAAAUCCAUGGUAACAUCUGGACCCAUUGAAAGUACUAUAGAUUCAAUUAUAUCACCCAUCAAAAAUGAUGGGAAUUAUAGAAACCUUGAAUCUCAAAUUAAAACCAUUAAAAAACAGUAGCUUCGUUCUAUGUUGUUAUUACAAUGGUAUAUGGUUUCAGAACAGCCACACUAGAAGGUGGAGUGAGAAGCCAGCCAUCAUUGUAAGGAGGGGGGGUGAUAUGGUUUAAAUAAGGGGUUCAUGGUGAACAUUUCAGUUUCCAGGAAGUCAUUCAUACUGUUAGUUGGUAGUUCACAUAUAUCUACCACGAGCUAAUGAAAAAUGUCCAGCCUCUGUGUCCUCUCACAUUAGAAAGAGGUCACACUAAAGUUAUAGCGUGGAUCUGGGUUGAAUGCUUAAGAAGGUUACUGAACUGGUUGGACACAGACCUCCUUAAUCCAACAUCCUAAGAGGGUUUCCAACAAGCCUUUUAGAAGCAGAGUAAACUAUGUUCAAGGUUCAGAACAUUCUAUUCAUCAGUUUCUUGCAUCCCUGGAACCCACUCACUCUUCGGAAACAGCCAUUUGUGUAAACCUGUGCAUAUACAGGCAAGAAGUAUAAAUUGUCAUAUAAACUGCCCUGAACAAUAUAUACUUUUACUGACCUUCAAACCAAAUAGAUCUUUGAGAUGCCCUUCAUAUACUGAGAAUAACUACCGUAUAUCAACAUGUUGAGCAACUGUUACUGUUCCUGAAAUAGAUCGGUAUCUGGGCAGAAACAGAAUAAUCUGAAGAGAAAUUUCCUGUCUGGAAAUGAAACCUGCUUCUUUUUGAUGGUUCCAGUACUUUAUUUUUACAACUACGAAUGUUUUCUUUAAAGCAAAGGUCUCGGAUGUAAAACGAACUAGAGCUACGUUGUAGCACUAACGGGCCCGAUUUCAUGCCUGUUGCGGUCGGUGAAGAUAGAGCGAUCAAUGACCAAGCUCACGUCUCUGCGUUGCAUUCAUUUUGCGCUCUGCGGCAAGGAUAAGCGCUUCACUCCCUGUAGCCAGCAGGUGGCGCUGUGAUUUUAAGUCAUGAUUUCUUUGUUAGUGUCAUCAGUUCGCGAGUCUAGUCUUUCUAGUUUGCACUUGAUUGGACAAAAUAUGUCAGAGAUACAGAAGCUUGUGUUUUGAUGGCGUGUAAUCAAACUUUGACACCAGGCCACGGUCACAUCGGUGAUGAAAUCAAAUAGACCCAGUCAGUUUAUAUCUCCUCUUGUUUAGGUGACAUUCCCAGAAGUUGAAGUUGAUCUGAUGAAAGCCCAAGGACAAGUUCAUCCGAUUAAAAUUGUAGAAAGUGGCCAAAAUGUCGAACAAAUCCAAAAUGGUCGGCUUCCUGUUUGGUCUAGCAUAUCUAUUUAACAGACUUAUUUCUUUGUAAUGUGAAGAUAAAUGUCCCUAUCGAUUUUUGUAGGUGUAGGCCAAUCGAAGUGCCUGUGCUGCCUUUUUCGGGGGCGCUAGUCAGUUAUUUUGCCACGCCCAUUCCUAAAAAUCAUCUGAAUGUCUUCAGGGGGGGGGCUCAUGCUACACAAAUGUAGUUUGAGGGAGAUAGACCCUUAAACACGGAAGUUACAGCAAUUUGCCAGCAGGCUUUGGUUUUCAGUCACGAUUUCUGUGUAGAUGUCAUCAGGUCGCGACUCAUGUCUUACAUGUCUAGUUUGGACUCAGUUGGACCAAAUAUGUCUGAGAUACAGAAGCUCAUGUUUUGAUGGCGUGUAAUCAAAAUUUGACGACACGCCACGGUCACACUGCAGAAAUCGCAUGACGAAAAGUUACAAUUCGAGUAAGUUUUGAUCUCCAUCUUGUUGUGAUGACACUCAUCUAAAUUUUAAAGGGGACAUAUUAUGAAAAUUAAAUUUUUGUAGUGCUUCUACACGUUAAUUUGGGUAUCUUGCAAGUCUACUGUCCCAAAAACUCUGGAAAAUAACAACUCCCGCAAUUCGUUGUAGUUCCUCUAUUUCAGAAACGAUACGUUAGAGUGCGUCUAAUGGGAUUACGACCGAAAUAAACGUCAUAGUCACACCAUGCCCAUGUAGGGAGUCUUGCUACAUGGCCUUGGACGAGCGAGCUAACGCUAGCAUUUUUUGUCUGACUACAUUUCUUGUAGCACUGCAAAACAUCACCAAGUCAAGUGACCUUAAAGCAUCGUGGCAGUGACCCGGCUGCAGUCAGACCGUGCAUUUGACCUUCUCCAGCUACAGCUCCUACGGGCUACCUCUAUGAUGUCACAACUCUGCUUUGAUUGAUUACCUCCAUAAUUAUUACUAGUCAGAGCUGAAACCUGAUGGUAAACAACUGUUCCUGGUCUACCUCUCCUCGUAUUGAAACUAUAGGCGUAUAUAUUAUAUGUAAUGAUAUAUACAUAUAUGAUUAUGACACUAUUAAAUAUUCCCUCCAUAUACAAUCACUGGAAGUGCAUAUCUGUUGGUUUGUCUUUAUUUCUGUAGUUGAUAUUUCACGUGGGUCUUACUUUUUAUUUCUAAUGAGCUGUUCUCUAUAUCUCCAAAGAUGUUUUUUUUUUCAGCUGUUCUCAGUCAACUUCUUGUUCAUUGUAUUCUUUGUUCUUUGUCCAUGUUUUGUAACUCCACCCCUGGGAACACUGGCAGAAACAUGUAUACCAGUAACUCAGAGGUGUGGACUCGAGUCACAUGACUUGGACUCGAGUCAGACUCGAGUCAUGAAUUUGAUGACUUUAGACUCGACUUGACAAAAUGUAAAGAGACUUGCAACUCGACUUGGACUUCAACAUCAAUGACUCGUGACUUUACUUGGACUUGAGCCUUUUGACUUGAUAAGACUUGCUCCUGUCCCCAAAACACAAAGAUUAAAAAGUAUGUUAUUAAGGAACGCUCUGAAUCUUUCAUCGUGUUUGUGUGCGUCUGUGUGUGCAGCGCCGCCGCUCCAAAACGCGCACUACGCGCUGUGCGUUGGGCACCAAGUCCUGAUGGGGCACCAAAAAAUAGGCAACUGAAAAAUCAUCAUAGUUAUAAUAAUUAUGUAGCCGAGCGUUUGGUUGUAUCAUAGGUACGGCUUCAGCCGACAAAGGACACGAGAGCAGGUCAUGCGCUCGUGAAAGCACACCCGUUUAUUCUCCGUUCAUUUUACAACUUCACUAUUCACAGCACCAACUUCCUUUAAACCCCCCUUUCAAAAUAAGAGUCACUACCAACAACCCACUUAAAACCGGAAAUACAAAUCAACCCUCAACAAUAACGUCAUUAAAUAAAUUAGCUUACAAUUAUAAUGCCGAUAUUAUUUCAGUAUAGAAAUAUUAGGUACCUUUUAGCCAUGUUUAUCACAAAAAAGGCAGAACAAGAGAUAUAUUAAAUUGCUCAAAAAAAGUUAAAGAAGAUUGACUAUUAUUGAUGAUUAUUUAACGUAAUCAUAGAGGAGUUAUGCUUAGGGCACCAAAAUGGCUCGCAGCGGCACUUGGUGGAAUCAUACUACGUCCCCAUCGUGCACAAAUAACUGACAGACUUUUGGCCAAUUUGGUCUUUUGCAAAUGCAAUGCAGCAUAGGGCCCUGACAUAUAAAAAGCACAACCCUGUUCAUUAUUAUGUUCAAGUAUUUGUUAUGUUUCUCACAUCUACACACACACACAGACAAUAUGAGGUGAUAUAAAUGAGAUGAGAUCAACACAGGACAGGACAGAAACUGCUGUGGAACUAGUUAAAAUGCAAAAUACAAUGUUAGCACUUUUGUACAAAUAAUUACAGUUGCACUUGUUUUUUUUCAAAUGUGUUCAUUCUGUAGGAGUGGUUUAAAAUGAAGAAUAUUCUUGCAAAAUAUGAGUUAAAUGUUAAAAAUGACUGGUUAAUAGUGCAAUAGGGAAGUGCAAUGUUGGCACAAUUUUUUUUCUGCAAUUUCAAUUGCACUUGUUUUAAUAAAUAAAUACAGAUUUUAAAAGCA